GACAUUUAAAGCCAUUGUCGACGAGUGAGCUUCGUGUUUCAAGAGUGACGCAAGCAGGAAGCCAGAAGCUCAUCGAGUUCUGCAGAUUUUUAGUGCAAAGCGGACUCAAACCAGCACCUGACAGCAUCUCCGAGCUCAGCUCCAGAAGCAACAAUGUCUCCUUCGUACUUCAUCGUCCUGUUGCUGCCUCUGAUCUCAGCUCAGACAAUUCACUUGGGCGGCUGUCCCGAUGCGGAUGUGCAAGACGACUUCCAGCUGGAGGAGUACAUGGGAAAGUGGUAUGAAAUAGAGAAGCUCCCUGCCUACUUUGCUGAAGGAAAGUGCAUUGAGGCAGACUAUUUACUGAAGAAAGACGGCACCGUCCAGGUGGUCAACUCUCAGGUCGUCCACGGUGAGAGGAUGGCGGCUGAGGGCAUAGCAAAGGUUAUGGACGAGGAUGAACCAGCAAAACUUGGAGUCAGCUUUACAUCUUUCACCCCUUACAGUCCGUACUGGGUUCUGAAAACCGACUACACCAACGUGACCGUUGUGUAUUCCUGCACUAACUUCUUCGACGUGUUCCACCUCGACUACGCCUGGAUCCUCUCACGCUCGCCCUCUCUGCCCGAGGAGACGGUGCAAGACGCCAAAGACCUGCUGAUGAGCGAAGGGAUUGACGUUUCUGCGAUGAAGCCCACUGAGCAGGACUGCCACGAGGAUGAGGACGAUAACAGCAGCGAGGAAGAGGAGGACUAGGGAACAAUAGUAUUGUUCUUUGACCGUCUCCUCAGAGUCGUUGUGUUUCAAAUCUUUGUUGAUUCUUUUAAAUAAUACUGACAAAUAAAAUCAGGGAAAUGUCAAUAACGGGCUUCCAGGAAAGUAAUUUCGUACAUAUUUGAAUUAGGCCAUCAUUGAGGUGACAGAAAUUAUACGCAACAAUUUUCUUUGAUUUAGAUUGACGUUGUCUCCACUCUGUUCCCAGUUUUUACUUCAUAUGUUCAACAGCAUUAUGGAAACAUCCUGGGAAACUGCUCACCUUUGAUUUUGUAUGACUUAUAUGGUAUCUAUAGAGAGACAGGUGCAAUUCCUAAACUAUAUUACCCAAACGUGCUAAUCAACUAAUUGCUUUGGGGAUUAAGGGCAAAAAACUAAUAAAAUUUCUUCAUGCCUUUAA